CACCACAACAAUUCAGGUUCACAGAUCCCACUUCCUGAUACGUAACCAUACACUAAAUGAAGGCCGAUGGUCGAGAUAGGGGAAAGCAAGUUGUAUAUUCUCGACUCCACCGAGAGUGCCAAAAUCAAAUUUGCAGCAACGCAAAAGCGUUGUGCGUACCGCUGACGAGCAUAACACCAAUUACAAAGUAAAGUAAGCUGGUUCUUGCGUAGACGCAAGUACUACGAACAGGAGUGGAGCGACACCUUACAGGACCAACAGAACUUUCUCAUUUUAUGCGGCAGAAACUUCUUCGUUGCUGUCUGUUUUCGGCCGAUACCCUAAAGGAUGCAUGUGCGGAUAAUCUAAUAGUCUUCGUUGCUCAUGAUCCAUACGGCACUUCAGUUCCUCCACAAAAGGGCGAGGGGAAAUGCAGUCCUCGCCAGCUCACACCAAUUUGGUGUAGAGCGUGCCCAAAAGCAAGGCAAAUGUAGACCGGCCGCAGUGCAAAGACUAUUUUUGUUUUUACUUUCUACAAUCGAGCGUCUAGCUCUGAUCAAAGGAUUUCAAAGGCAACAGCGCCUACUGAAGUCGGAGCAUGUGGUAUAUGCAGGACCUCCUGGCUGUCCGAGGUAACACGUGUCUCAUUCAUGGCUUUUUGCGUGGUGGAUGCCCAAACUGCAUGCUUCCGAAAGAUGCCUUUUGCCCUCUUCCGUAAAAAUUAAUUGGUUUCUGACCGAAUUUCCCACUAUUUUUCAGUGUUCCUCUCCGGAAGUGAGUGAGAUCGCAGCUUUUCUCUUUCUCUGUGGUCCUGCAUGCCCUCCAUGAGUCGCAGGAUCGCUGAUUCGUCGAUGGGGCACGGAAUCAUUGCUUUACCUUGGGUGACCGCAAGGCAGUAUUGGAUUUUCUAAUCGGGGACGUCUUUGCAACCACACACCCCCGUUGUGCUUGUUUUUCAAAGAUUUUCGCGGCUUUUGAAAUGUCAUCUAGUUCGAUCCCGUAUCUCUUCCCGUCUAUCAGCUUUGCUGUUUUCGCUCGUAGAAAACGUAUUCAGCGGUCGUACUCACUGGAUCCAAACGUCUUUCUCCUUCUGUCUGGUUUUUCCGCUUUAUGCCGUUUUCAUCUAGUAUGAGGCGCUUCUCCUCUUUCCAGCAAGACCCCGUUUUCUCCUCGUGUCUUCGUGCCCGCGCUGUCGUUUCGAGGACACCGGUACCUGGAAGACAGACUCACCGCACUCACGUCUGCGUCGAGUUUCUUGUCCGGUAACUUCCGUUGGAUCUCUCUCUACUGCUUCAUCCCGCGCUCCAUUUCCGUGAAUUCACCGACGCUGCUGUUCACAUUUGCGUUCUGCCUGGUUCUUGCGUUGACUCCAUUUGUCUCUUCCCAGUGGAGACACCUUUUCCCUGUUGGAGUGGCGACCUCGCAGCUGCGGGAUUUUCGGCGUGAAAAAAGACUUCUCGCAUCCCAGCGGCGACUGCGUUCUUGCUUCCUGCCUCCCUCCUUCCUGCCUGUGAACGUGGAGAUCGCGUCGUCUGGCGGACCCGCCGAUGAGCGCGUCGCCUGUGUCUCUUGCGUCUCUCUGACCCCGGAGAGAGAGACACUUGCUUUUUUGUCGCGGUCUCUGUGGUCAGUCUGCUGUGUAUGCAUGACUGUCUCCCCACGACUUCUAUGCACGACGUCUUCUUUUCGUCUUCUUCAUCUCUUGCGCUCCCUUUGCUCUUUCCGCCCGAUGCCGCCGGCCUUCACGCGGGUUUUAAGUUGAAAGAAAGUGUGGAUCUGCGGGCAUGGGCAUGUGGAGUCUCGUGCAUCUCCUUUUCCGUCCGGUCCCCAACACGGCCUUUGUCUCCAUCUUUUCCCCAUUGCCACGCUUUCCAGUGCUUGUGCGAAAGCAGAAACGCGUGAGGAAGAAACGGGUCUGAAGCCCGCGUUCUCCGAGAGACAAAUCGAGGGCGCGAAGGAAGUGGCAAAGCCGUCAGACAAUUCCUGAAGCAAAAGAGAAGGAGGGAAGAGGACGAGAAGACCGAACUCGGUGUGUCUGCCUUGGCGUCUGCGAUGGCAGCGGAGUCUUCCCCGUCGGGGCCGAUCGAGAGCGCGGGACUCGCCGCAAGAGACGAGAGCCCAACGCGGUCGUCCACCAGCUCUUUGGACCCAGACCAACAGACGUGUGAACAUGCCUCCAGUUUGCCUUCUUUGCGUGAGUCGCCUCGCGCCUCUGCUUCUUCGUCAGGCGUGGCGUCGAAGGCCGGCGAGGGCCCUCGUCUUUUGACAUUCUUGCCGCAGCGACUCCACGAGGCGACUCCGCCGCAAGACGGGGCGCUUCCCGCGGCGAGUGGCCAUGGCCAUACAGACGCGGAGACGCAUGCUCAGGGUGCCAACCCGGGAGAGGCGAGGCCGGAGAUUCAGGCGGGGCCGGACUCGGACUCGAAGACGUCUUCGUCGCCUCUCUCUUUUCUCACGUCGCUCGCCGUUGCCUCCAAGCAGAAAGCGCAUGCCGAGGGCGUGUCCAGCCAUGCUUCUUCGAUAUCGGGGAAGAGGCGCGCGCAAGGAGUGGAGAAGCUUUCUGUGGGCUCUUCGAAGACGGCCCUCGUGAGUCUUGACGAAGAGAGCGAUGUGUCAGGCGCGGACAGCGCCGCCAGCGUUUUGUCCUCCCAGUGGGCCAGCGGCGAGGACAGGACCAUCGGGGCGAAGCCUGUCCCCGAUCGAGCAAGGUGGACGACGACUGCCCACGAUGCGACCACGCACGGCGACGCGUCGGCAGAGACCCUCACAACGCCUGAGGGGAUACAAAGCCCGCCGCUGAGCUGCAUCGUCGCCGUGGAGGAGCAGACUGUCCCGCCAUGGGAGGAGCGGGGGAUCGUAGAGGGCGUCGGUGUGGUGAAGGCGUCGAGUCUGAAGAAAAGUGGGCGCGGGCCGAAAGCCAUCCACUUCCGAGAGGCCGACAGCGAAGUCUCGGCUCCCUCCUUCUCCGAUAUGCCCUCGCUCGGACCUGGCAUGGGCCGCCAGGAGUCUGACCUCGAGAGACGCAGCAACGGCGAGGUGUUUCGCCCCAUGCACUUCUCCGAAGACGACGAGGAGGAAGACGAAGAGGAAACGAAAAGAUAUCUCGGGCGCAGCCAGACAGGCGACCCAGGGUGGCGCGGCCUGCGCUGGCAGAUGCGGUCGAUGUGGAGGUACGUGGCGGCGAUCAACAACGACGAGGCGACGAUGAAGAACGCGACGGGACCUUACCGAGUUCUCCGGGGCUGUGACUGCAAGUGCUUCCCACUCGCGUUCAAGGAACGGCGCGCGGAGUGCGACUACCGAAACUUCAACAUUCGCCGAAUGCCGCUCCGACUCGUGAUCGUGUUCCCCGUGCUCUGCACGAUCUACGCCAUCAGCUACGGCACUUGUCGCAGGUUCUGUCCGGACUGCUACUUGGCUGCUCCGUUUGACGGGGAAUUAGUGGUUUCGGUGUUCCUCCUCACCGUCGCGACUCUCGGGGCUCACUUCUAUCUCCUGUACGAGUACCUGGAGCUGUUUGUCGUACUCACCCUCUGUCUCUUGUCCACGUACCGCUCGGCGAUGCGACUCUCCACCCUCGCAGGGGCAAUUCGCGACCCAGCCAAUUUCGGAGUCAUUUUCCCGUACUACGGCAUCAAUGGAAUCCUCGAGAGCUUUCUUCUCUGCUUCACCAUUGUCACCUUCCUUGGAGUGAGAUUCGCAUACGCAAUGUGGGCGACGCUCUACUUUCUCGCGUGGUCUGCUCCCAUCGCUAUACUCUCAAUGCAUUUGUCCGUCAAGCUGAUCCGCGAGCCAGAACGCGUCUGGUCGGAGUGGGAGGGUCUCUUGCACAUUCUCCCGUUUCUCCUUAUCGUCCUCACACUCGUCUCCGCCUACUACGAAGAAAGAAAAAAACGCGUCCUCUUCUGGAAUCUCAGAAUUUCGGAUUCUCGCCUGAAGCUGCUCGAGAAGCAGGUCCAACUCAGGCGCCUCAAACGUCGUGUGGACACCGGCACUCCCUUAGACUGCAUUUUGGGCAAUCUCUCAGAGGCUUUGGAGGCACUGAAGAGGCCGACGCCAUUGAACCGGGAGGAGAUUUUCGCGUUGAUGCAGGAGACGAUAAACAUGCUGACAACGUCUGAGAAUGUGUACCAAGUUCAGGCGGAAUAUGUCGACAACGACUUCACACGCUCGUUCAUUCGCGACCUGCGCAUGCACAGUCGGGAAGCUUCCGACUUUGCCGUCUCGCGACUGAACACUCUCGCCACACGCAGGCGGUCGGUUAUCUCAGGGAGAGUGGAAACAACUCGAACAGAGUUGCUGGAGGAAAUUGGAAACUCCUGGGACGUCAACAUGUUCAUGCUCAGACUGAAGCUUCCCCGACCUCUCGUCGAGGUCGGCUACGUUCUUCUCUCGCCCUUCGCCUUGUCCCCGGAUGCUUGUCUCAACACGCAGUUGCUGCGUAAAUUCCUUUGUGAAGUCGAUAAAGCGUAUCGCAACUGCCCUUACCACAACUCCUUACAUGGAUCUAUGGUUUGUCAUUUGUCUAUCUGCCUCCUCGAGAUGCUCCGUCUCCGAGAGUCCUUGGGUGACCUAGAGGAGGCAAGCCUGAUCAUCGCAGCGCUCUGCCAUGACAUUGCGCACCCUGGCAGAAACAACAAUUUCAUGGUGAACGCUAACACACCUCUCGCUCUCACGUACAACGAUAUCUCCGUCCUCGAAAACAUGCAUGCGUCCCUCACGUUCAAGUUGCUCCUCGACCGUCGAUUGGGUCUGCUGAACCACCUGCACCGGGAGGCUUACCGCUCUUUCCGAAUGACGGUGAUCGAGUUGAUUAUGUCGACAGACAUGAAAACUCAUUUUGAGCAGAUCGCGAAUUUCAGAGUCAGGAGACAGAAAGAGGAGUUUGACCCCAUCAACAAUUACGACGAUAGACAGAAAGUGAUGUCGAUGAUUAUCAAGUCUGCCGACAUCGGCCACGGCACUCUGCCCUGGGCUGACCACGAACGGUGGUGUAACCUGGUCGUCCAAGAGUUCUAUGAACAGGGCGACGAGGAAAAGCGACUGGGCCUACCGGUCUCUUUCUUGUGUGAUCGAGACCAGCACGACAGAGAGUUCUUCAAAUCUCAAGUUGGUUUCCUCGACUUCGUUGUCAAGCCGCUGUACGAAGAACUCAAAGCUCUGGAGACGCAGUUGAAUCUAAACCCUCAGCUGCCAAUCGAGAACAUUUGUUUGAAAAAUCUCCAGGAGAAUAUUUCGGAGUGGAAGAAAAAGAAUGAAGAGCGCCGGGCUUCUCUGGAACCGGCUGGUCUAGAAGUUGGAGGAGCGUAACAGAAAAAGAAGUUUUUCGAUAGUUUCGACUGACGAGACGCACGUUCGUCUCCCGUCACACAAGUCGAGAGUAAAGCAGUGCCCUGAGAACGGUUCAGACCCAAGAGAGAAGAGACAGACAGCCGGAUUAUCUGUUGAACGGGCGCUUGUGAGUUGCGCAUUCGACAUGAGAGGCGAGAAGCUGAGAUAGAAGUGGAGACAAAGGAAAGGCACAUGACUAAGGAUUCUGCGUCCCAGCGGGAUAUUUGUUUAAUGACAUUGUCAAGCAUCGCAGUUGGGGCUCGAAAAAAGUAUUUCGCAUUCAUAUGCGUUCUUGUCGACCGAUCUGUCUGUCGCUCGCUGUUGCGCCAGAUUCACGCUCGACCUCGGUUUGACCUUCAGAGGCCUGGUGGCGUUUUCGCGUUUCACUGUUUGCUGGUGUCGGCCUGUCUACGCAGAAACCGGCGCAUGCAUCCACAUCCAUCGGUGUCUGUGCAUGCGUGAGUGGCGGUGUCGGCGUAUGUCAGAGCCCACCUUUCGGGUCGUUGGCUGACGCGACAGAGUGUGGAACUUGUAAAGUGAUGCAUGCGUUGUUUGGUGAGAAGCACUGUCCGUGGAGAGAUCUAUGGGCUGCUGUUGCGGUUUGUAGCCUGCAAAGGCGCGAUUUGAACGUUCGUUCUGUGGCGGCUGCGUCCAAACCGUCCUGCUUUUUUUUCGGUAGGUCUCUCCAGGUUCCAAGCUGCUCGUGCUGCGACGGGUCGAGUAUAGACACCGGCGCUGGAAUUAUCGAUGCGUGCACGCAAGCAUCCAUCUAUCUGUGAGUGUGUGCUUUUCUCGCGGUCGACCUCGCCCUCGUAUUUGCAUCGAAUCGCGAAACGGUGUGCGUGAUUUUCCGUUUCCUCUUUUUCACCUCUCAGUCCCCCUCCGCAUGCAAGGCAGGAGAGACGCGGUGGCGUUGCUAUGCUAACUGCUGUGGUCUGGGAGACACGUUGGGUUGGAGUUUUCCGAAUUCUCGCGCUUGCCGUAGAAAGCCUGACGUCGGAGGGAAGGCGCAGAAAAGAUUCGGCGGCCUUUUGCAGGACACUGGGAAUUGCGUCGCGUGAGUGUGUGCCCGGAAGGCAGUGUGGAGACGCGAGUCGAGAGUCAGUCAACUUUUUUUGCGUCUCUGCACCGCUUGGCAGACGGCGAAUGCUUGCAGCGGUGUACGUCAGAGACGCAGAUUGAGAUGUGCAGGUGCGGAAUGGACUGUUAUGUUCGUGGCGACGCGGAGCGAAACAGAAGGCACCCCCGCGUGUGUGUGACCCUGUGUGACUUGGCGACACUCUCAGAGCAGUCGUUACAGAACGGGCUGGAGCGCAUUUUGGCGUGCGACAGUCGAUCACGAUUUACUCUUUGAGCUGUGCCUGUUUGUCGCGCCUCUGUGGUUCAAUCGAACGCUCGAGGAGGCACAGCUAGAUGGCGGCUUCUGUGUAGUUUUUGAGGCAGGAUGCCCAGGCCACAGUGGUGCGUCGUUCAAUCUCCGCGAGGCACAAGAGCCCGACGUGCCGUCUAUAAGCCGGUGUCGGCCUGUGACCUUUGCAGACUUCUGAGUGAGUUUUUCGAGUUGCGAGAGUCGGCGAGGAAAAAUGUAUGUUGUUCGUCGAUAGUGGUACAGGUCCAAAUCUGCGUUAGACAACGUUCACUUUGUGGAACGGGAACAGGAAUUUUGGCAACGUUCUGUUCCUCAGUCGCCUCUUGUCAAGGAAAUUGUCUCUUCAUUUCGGUGCCCCUUUUGGGAGACUCUCCGUCGACGUGAGAGAAGACUUUUCUUCUGUGACCCUAAAUAGAGUGUGGCCAUGGGUCGCCCUUCUUCUUUUUUCUCGUCUGGCUGCCUCUAGUGAGUACCUCUUUUCUCAUGUCUAAGUGAAAUGGACAGUGAAGCUACCGCUACCGAGAAGUACGGUUCUCUUUCGACGCAUGAAAGCCUGCACCUGCAAUGAAUUCGCGGCACAUCUGACUUGCCAAGCCUCUCAGGCGCUUCUCACUGCAAACCAUGAAGACUCGUGUCAAAGCCUCUCCCCGCACCACAUAAAGGACCAACUCUCGAGCCCAGCAUGUGAUCCAGCAUGUGUUUUUUUUUUCGCACCGCCUCCAAAAAUACAUCAACCUACUUACUUCUCUAGAGAUACAGGAAGAUGCAUAGGUGCAUGCAGGCCUUCAAAGGUGUGGAUUUCGCAUGUGUGUAGGCUUCUCCCAGAAAAGUGGAUACAGUCCAUCUGAGAUGCAGAGGGCACCGUCACUGACACCCUCCAUCUUGUGUUUGGCAGUGAACGGAUCGCUCGGUGCAAGGUGAACUGCUGCUCUCUACUGUUGUGUCCAUUUGAUAGAGUCGUGGAUGGUUCACUCUUUUUACAGCCGUUAAAAUUCCCCUAACGCUUCUCAGUGAAAAUCAAAGACGGACUGUCUCCGGAUGAACGUGACUUCUCGAACCAUGGAUUCCUAGCGUCUUGCCUCUCUCAAUCUGCC